AUGACCAUUAAGACAGAGAAGAUAAUCUUCUGGAGUGACUCCACCACAGUCUUACAUUGGAUCCACCAGAUAAGUUCCACGUAUAAAGCAUUUGUCAGAAACCGGGUGUCUGAGAUUCACACAGUUAUGAGCAUUCUGGAGGCCACACUGGGGAUGGGCACAGUGAGUUGGAGAUUUGUACCUACAGAGGUUAAUCCUGCAGAUGACAUCUCCCGUGGACUAAGUCCUACAGAACUUUGCAAGGGUUUUCGUUACAGUAGUGUACCCAAGUUCCUGUAUGAAUCAGCACAACUGUGGCCAGAGAAUAAAGUUGAAGCACCCUCCGAGAUAGAUGAAGCAAGUGAAAGGAAGAAGGGAAGAUGGGCUGGAGCAUCUCAGGAAAAUGAGAUCCUGUUAGGAUGGAAGAAGUAUUCUUCUUUGACCAAACUAAGAAGAGUUACAGCUUAUGUGAUGCAAUUCGCAAACAAUGCAAGAAUCAAGAAGGAAGCACGUCUACUGGGAACACUUACUUGA